AUGCUGACAGUGCUGAUAUACGAUCACCGGUACAGCGACCACGGCAUCGCAGAGAUCUUUGUCCCCACGUUCCGUGCUGAUAGUGCACUGUGGGUUGACGCCCGAGACGUUGUGGACCAGCUGCAGCUCUCCCCUGGCAAGGUCGACGGGCCUGCUAAAGUAUAUGUGAUGCGCGGAGGGUGGAAGCAGUACUUCCUCCGUGUUGAAGCGGACGGGCGGACCCUGUCUGGCCUGGCCAACCUCAAAGUCGAGGAGAACAGUGUACUGAAGAUUAAUGUUGAUUAUGUAUAG